AUGUCUACCGGAGACCCUGGGUCCCCACUGCCGGCACCGCCACCACCGGUAUCCGCCGCCAGCGUCCAGCCCCCCCGCGACCGGAUCCCGAUAAGCUCGAAGAAGACGCAAGUCACGGGCCCCGCCACCGCCGCACCCAACUAUGCUGCCGCUGCGAGUCAGAUGGCGGCUCAAACACCUGAACAACAGCAACAACAACAACAGCGUGCCAAGGCUCUGGGCAGCCUCCUACAAGCCAUGGGUGCUGUACCCGGAAACCGUAUGGAUCGCUGGGUCCAGGCCAUCUACUUCGCCGAACUCUACCCCGUCGCCACCGCCACAUCGCUGAAAUUUUCGGCCUUGAACGCGAACCGGUCCGUCGAGAACAUCUUCGAUUACGCCCUUGAAGUGACUCUGUCUCACCAGAGCGCCUCGCGAGCGACUCAUGCCGACAAGAUCGAUCUCGUGGCCUGCGUCACGAGGCUGCUAUCGCCCAUCUCUCCUAUCUGCUUUGAGCCUGGAGUUCCUCUGCCGGACCAUCUUGCGGCUUAUCAACCACAGAUCUUAGGCGUACAACAUUCAUCAAUCCUGCGUAAUGGGGCGGCUCACCAUCGCGUUACGGUUGGGUUCGUCACCGGCGAGGCACGUGACGCGGCGCUCACGACGCCCCCCGCUCUCACUUGGCGAUCGGCGAAGGCCCGCUUCGCGAAGUCUCACAGGUUCCACCAUAACAUGGUCGAGCUUCGAAUCAACGUCGGUGUUCAAGGAGUGCCCUCCAUGGAUGCCAUCAUCAAAUCGUUCCAAUCACUUGUGCAAGACCUGUCAGCCAAGGGACAUUCAUGCCAACUUGUGCAGGUUCUGCGCGUUAUCAGCGUGGACAACGCCUCGGCCUUCGCCCACGUUGCCGGAGACUACUCGGCUUUCCUACACUUCGAUGACGACUCCCUAUUCCAACGCCCCAACACGACCUUGAAGGAGAUUCUACCUUCGAGGAUCGACCUUCCCACUCGAGGCAUCCCGGUUACCGCCCUUCGCCAUGACUAUGAGAAGGAGGCGGCUUGCGGUAGGUGCCACUUUGUGGGUCACGUGGGAACCUGCGGACUGGAUCAGGAGAGGAAGCGGAAGGAGGCUCACAACGGCAUCAUCAACAGCAACAAAAACACCAUCACCCACAACACCAACAUCGCGGAGGCCGAGGCCCCCAUUCCUGUGCUGGUUGUUAACAGGAUCGCAUCACAGAAUCACUUCGCCGGGCUCGAGGUCGAGGAGGGACAGGAGGAAGAGGUAACUGGCCAGGGCGAACAGGGACCGGAGGAAUCGGGGGAGGAAGACGCUGGUGAUAAGGCGGAUGACGAGGACUCGGAGGACUCGGAGAUGGAAUCGGAGGCGGCCGCGAAAACGGAGGUCAUCAAAAUUGAAAGCGAGGACGAGUCGGUCUUGGAGGACUGCAGCGGAUCCGAUGGAGAGGUGAUUGAUGAGAAUGAGGUGAUGGCGGAUGAAAGAGGUGAAACGGAAGGAGAGGUGGCUACGGAGAUGGAGGAAGAGGAGGUGGCGACGGAGGUGGGCGAUGUGGACGAAGCGAGGGGAUCGACGAAAGCGGAGAAUGCGGAAGCGACGGACUUAGGGGAAACGAACAGGCUGGACAAUGACGACGACAGCGACGCCACAGCAACCGCCGCCACCGCUUCCCGCGAAUCGACGCCGCAUGAACCAACCCCACCUCUGUCACCCGAAACUCUCGCCAAGUCGCUACGCGAGGGGGAGGAGUGGGACAGGAUCAGAGCUAACUGGGUUGAGCAGGCACGACUUGAGCGGGACCAAAGCAUCGAGAGGAGGCUCAACGCUGAAACCCCUCUGGUGCGUCACAACUUUGCCACGUGGGACGAGGACGGUGAGAUACGCUCCAUCAACAUCAGGGGGACCGCUGCGAAGUUCAAGAAGCAGGUGAUGAAGAGGUCGCAGACUGCGGCGGACCUCAGUGACCCAAGUGACGAACCGACCGACGCCAAGCGAGUCAUCAUCAAAGGGAAGAGCCGCGUCGUGGUGAAGGAUGGAAUAGAGGGGCGGAGGGUGACGAGGUCGAUGUCGGCGGCAGCGGCGAUGCAGGUCGAGGUGACGAAGGUGGACAGAGGGAAAGGAAGAGGGGUAGCUGAGGAAAAACGAUGGUCCGACCACGAGCCCGAGGACGAUGUCCUGCCCGCCCUUCCCCUCUUUGAGGACGUCACCACCGCCAAGAGCGCCUCGACCUCGACUACCCAUUAAUGAUCAAGCACACCAUCAUCACCUGGAACGUAAGAAGGGGCAUGGGGGUCCCGGAAAAACGACGUAAUAUCUACACCUACCUUUCCACAUUCAAAGCUUCCGCGAUUCUCUUACAAGAGCAUUUCAUCAGACCACAAUUCUGGCAGCUCAUCAAGGACGAGUACGAGGGCAAGCUCUUCAUCAACCAGCACUGCCUGACCCUGAUCCCGGCCGACUCGCCCCUGAUCGACGCCGAGCUCUUGCGCACCCACUCGGCACUCGACGGCCGGCUCCUCGUCACCUCCUUUCGUCUGCGGGGCGACAUCAAAAUUCUAGAAAUCAAUAACCUCUACGCGCCCGUUGACCCAAAACAACGAGCAAAAUUCUUCGACAAACUGAUCCUCCACAAAACACAGAAAUCCCACCUCCGACUCCUUGGCGGCGAUCUCAACGACUGCCCGCGCCCAGAAGUCGAUCGGCGGAACCAAAGUCGGCGCGGCCACCACUGGCCGAUUCUGAUGGGCAAGCUCGACUCGGCCUACACGGACUGCAUCCGCUACAAGCACCCCAUCACCCCAUCUUUCACUCGACCUAAUCCCAAUCGCAAGCGACCCAACUCCUUCUCCCGGCUUGACUACUUUCUCCUACAAAGAGCUCACCAAAAAAGGCUCGACCAGCCUCGACGAUCUACGACUAUCCCAAGGAUCUUUCCGAUCACCGACCGGUCUUGA